AUGAGUGGAAAAAAAGGUGCAGAUUGGUUUGAGGAAUCAGAACGAGACAAAAUGAAUAUGUUGGAAAGUUGUAAACGUGGAAAUCUGAAUGAAGUUGCCAAAUAUUUAAAUGGGGGAAUUGAUCCUGACGAGGAAGAUGAUGAUGGAGUUACCGCUCUACAAAUUGCUGCAGCCAAAGGACAUCGAAGACUUGUUGAAUUCUUGAUAAAAGAAGGUGCAAGUUUGGAAAGAGCUAAUUAUGCAGGAAUGACCCCUUUCCUUCACGCCUGUCGAGAAGGUCACCAGGAUAUUGUAACUCUACUAGCUAAUUAUGGAGCUAAUGCACAUUCCUUGAGCGGUCUUGGUGUGUCAGCUAUGGCAUUAGCCUGUGCUGGACGUCAUUUAGCCGUUGUUCGAACUUUAAAAAGUUUAAAUGUGGCUGUAGAUCCUAAACCUAGUGCUCGAUUACAUCAAAUAGCGCCAACCCCUUACAUGGUUGCCUUUUUUGAGAUGGACAUUCAAAUAUGUGGUUUUCUUAAACAACAAAUAAUUAUUCAGAAUGGAAAUGAACAAGAAUUAACUAAAUUAAUUAAAGAUGGAGAAGUCCCAAAUUGUUUACAAUAUGGAUUAACUCCUUUAAUGUAUGCAGCUGUUUCUGGACAAUUACUCUGUGCAGAAAUUCUUCUAAAAGUUGGAAAAGGAGGAAUUGUUGAUGCACAAGAAAAUGUUUUAGGAAUGACAGCACUGAUGUUUGCAGUCGUUGCAGCAGAAAGUCAAAUGGUUCAACUUUUACUUCGCUACCUCGCCAAUCCACGUAUUCUCUCAACAACAAAAGAGCCCUUCUCUGCCUUAGAUUUAGCAAUGUAUUCAGAAGUUAAUCGUGAAUGUAUGGAACAAUUAUGUAUUCAUUGGUUGAAAAAAGGAGGAAGUAAAAUGACUGGAAUUAUUACUAGACCAAGAGAAGGAAGUGCAAGUAGUCAAUCUGCUUUGAAAAAUCAACAAGAGACCCCAUCAACAACUUCCUAUCGAGGGGCAAUAACUCCAGCUAGACUUAGAAAAGCACUUGAAAGUAUCGGAAAAAAUUUAAUGGGUUUGGGAAGUGCUGAAGAAACCAAUUUAAAUAAUAAUCAAAUUAAAGAAGAUUUUGGGGGAAUAAAUAAUAAUAAUAACCAACAAACUACUUCAAUAUUAAAAUUAGCAUCAGAAAAUGUUAAUCAAUUGAUUGAAGGACCGGCACGAUUUGUGCUUGCUGAACAUAUUUUAAGGGGAGAUGCCAGACCCCCUGACCCAAAAAAAUCUUCAGCUGACGAUUUAGUAUUAAUGGCUAGACAAAUGGCUAUUAGUUGGAUGACUAAAGGGCAUUCUCUUGUACCAAUACCUUCAAAAAAUAUUGCCAGAAACAUUUUGGUGGAGGAAGGCGAGGAAAAGGAUUCUGAUGGGUUAUAUUCUGCUGCACAAAGAAAUGCGGAAAAGGAGCUUUUUAAAACGAAACAUCGAUAUGAACCUUCUAGAAAACAUUCUUCUAAAAGUACAACAUCUAGAGUUAUGAGGAAUGCAACACAAAAAUGUUUGUAA